GGCUAACGAUAGACAUUAUUUAUUUUUUAUUGUGCAUUAUAUAAGAAAAUUUAUAGCCAUGUCCAGUAUUCAAAUUAAUUAAACAUUUAAUUACUACCUACUCAUAAAUUAUAUUUUAAAUCUUAUGAAAUCUAUUAGUAAAUAUGAUUGAAUGUUUAUGUGAUUAUUGUGCUAGGAGAGACUAGUCAAACAUUAUACCUACAACACUAUUGAAGAUGGCUGAAAUAGAAAAUAAAAAGAUUCAAGUAGAAUCCGAGUUAGCUAUAUGUAUUUUAAAUGCCUUUAAAAGUUUUUCUGAUACUUGUGUUUUAAAUGGCUUAAAUAUGAGUGUACCUUUAGGAUCCAUAUACGGUCUUUUAGGACCAAGUGGCUGUGGAAAAACUACAUUAAUAAAUGUUAUUCUUGGAAAGUUUCCAUUGGAUUCUGGGAUUAUUAAAAUAAAUCCCAAUCGUUAUUCAGAUAUUGGAUAUAUGCCUCAAGAUUUGUGUUUAGAUUCUAUGCUUACCAUAGGAGAAACAUUUAAAUAUUAUGGUUCAUUGUAUAAAAUGAAUAAAAGUGAUAUUUCUAGUAAAAGCAAAGAACUUAUUAGUUGGCUUAAAUUACCACAGAGUUACACACUACUAAAAGAUCUAAGUGGAGGUGAGUGUAGAAGAGUUUCAUUGGCUGUCACAUUACUUCAUGAUCCAACAAUCAUAAUACUAGACGAGCCUACAGUAGGGAUUGAUCCAGUAUUAAGAUUCGAAAUUUGGCAGAAAUUAUUAGAAAUGGUAAAGACGCAAGCUAAAACUAUUAUAAUUACUACGCAUUAUAUCGAAGAAGCACAUCAAGCACACACUAUAGGUUUGAUGAGAAAUGGUGUUUUAAUAUCAGAAACUUCCCCUCAAAACUUAUUAGUACAACAAAAUGCCAACUCAUUAGAAGAAGCAUUUUUAUCGUUAAGUUCUAGUCAAGAAUUUGAAGAGAUGACUCAAAAGGUCAAUAUUUCAAAAAAUAUCAAUGCAUCAUCAAACAUUUUGCACUCUGACAACGGAAUAUCAUUCAUUAGGAUUGGUGCAUUUAUAAAGAAAAAUGUUGCUAUUUGUUUAAGGGAUUUCACGUUUAUAUUUUUUAUGAUCUUAUUUCCAAUGAUGGCAGCUAUAAUUUUUAAUUUGGCUAUUGGUGGUAAUAUUAAAAAUGUUAAUAUUGCUAUUCAAAAUAAAGAAAUCGCUGAAUGCCAGACCGUAGUAGUUAAUCCAUGUAUUUAUGAUGACAUUAAUAAUUUAACUCUUAGCUGUGCAGUUUUGAACGGUUUACGAACUCUAGAAUACAAUUUAAUCUCAGUUAAAAAUCGGGAAGAAGGAGACAUUUUAGUGAAAAAAGCUAAAUCAGUAGCAUUUAUUCAGUUUCCUCAAAACUUUAGCAUAGGACUUCAACAAUAUGUUCUUGGUUCAUGGUUUUCUACCAACGAAUAUUCAUCAAAUACGGCAGCCUAUGCAAAUAUUGAUGUUGGAAAUGUUUUGGUAAAAAGUCAAAUUAUUCGAAAUCUAUUUAAUGUUUUUGAAGAUGUAAUUGUAAACAGUACACGUGCCUGCAGUGAAAAAUUUGUUAAGAGUCCUUUUAGAACUACAUAUUUAGUGGGAAACAAAGUUGAAACAUUUAUUCAUAGUAUAGCUACCAUGUUUGUGUCGAUGUAA